AUGAUGGAUUCUUCCAAGUUAUUCGACCAACCAUAUAGGAGCUCGGCUCCUGGCAGCAAAGCGCAGUCAUUGAUGCCAAAGCUGCCAGAAAUUAAACCACCGGCGAAUACCGGCGGCUCUAGUGCUGGUGCUCCAGUCUUUGGGACCCAAACAGCAGCGCCAUCCUCAUCCUCAUCCUCGUCAUCCACAAGCUUCAAAUUCAACAUUAUCAGCGUUUCAUCUGCUCCUCAAAAGCCUCAACUGCCUCCUAGUACCAAGCCAUCCAAUGGAGCCACCGAUCCGCAACAGAAAGUGGCGCUGCCAGAGGAGAAGCACACUGAGACCAGUUCUGGCCAGAAGCUCAGCACAGUCCUUCUCACCACCAUUGAUCUUCCAUCCCCCAAUUUGGAUGCUAUGAGGAAGCAAACAACGCUUGCUCGGAUCAGAGAGACAAUGAAGAAGAAGUUUCCAUCAGCCACCCCGUUUUCUUUUUGCAAUGAAGAAGGUGCUUGCGCCCCAGAUACUAUCAGUCUCGAAGCCUACUUUGCUGGUUUGAAAAAACCACCCAGUGCCGUUGAUACAACGUUCAACAUCUAUGUUACGGCUGUUGUACCAGCUGGAAUGACAGCUGCAACUAUUGCCGCCUUGCUUUCCAAGCCAUUUUUCAUCAAAUUUCUCAGGGUUCUGGAUAGCAAGAGCAGCAACAUCGAAGGCUCUCUUGAUUCAUCCAUCUUCAAAGGGAAGAACGCAUCCAGCACGAGACUCAAUGUUCUGCGUGGAUUCGUCAAAUCCAUGAGUGUGGACGCAAAGCAGGAUACCUUUUGCUUGCCUGAUGGCACCCCCAUUCAAGAUGACGUUGCUUUCGAGCAGUACCUCAUGAUAGCGAAGCCAGCUAUCAAUCAGACGGAAAAAGUGCCUUCUAUACCAAUAUUUCUCAAAAAGUCAUCCCUUGUAGCUGUUCAGCCAACUAGCAACUUUAGUAGCGGCGGAUCAGGAGGAGGCAUAUCAGGACUGGGCGGUGCCAGAGGCGGUCAGUCGGGCUCUGCCGGAAUUGACCAGAGCGUUCUUGCAAAACUAGGUAGCUUGGACCUAGCGUUUACAGACCGUUCUGGCCGAGAACUGAGACGAGAUCAGACGAACCUGCAGGUGACUGAGACCCUUAACCAGAAAGAUUACGCCGCGUCUGGGACGAGCACAUUGGCACACGCUGGAAAGCUUAAUGAGGCAGAGUGGGAUCUUAUCUUGAAGAACUGCAAUGCAUUUUAUGGAUGGAUCAUUGAUUUUGACGGCAACAAAAUUGGCAGAGCGCCCCAUGCAGCAUUCCGUCUCCGUCGAGGUCUGAAUCUAGAAAAGGUCAAGAUCAAGAUUGAAGAAGAUGCACCCACGCCGACAGAACAGCCAUCACCUGAAACAAAGAGUGAUGAAAAACAGAUAGAAGGCAGUGAUAAGACUGAUGAAGAGAAGGCGGUAGUAAAGGCUGCACCACCCCCACCAAAACCGAAGCCUUUGGAGGUGGAGGACGUGCAAGAAUUCAUGCCUCGAAAGCCUCAAGGAAUUCCCAAUUUUUCUGUGACGGACGACUCCAGCAUCGAGGUCGCGGCUUAUCAGCAUGAAUUUGCCCAGUCCAUGGCCGAAAACCACUUCGACAAAACCACAUUCGAAAUUGAAGCAUCUGGAGUUAUCAAAGGCGUCACUGUUGGUGCCCAAGGUGGCGUAUCAACAGAGAAUGAAUCAGGCAAAACAUCAUCCUUCAAAACAAUGUCCAAGACACUCGUGGCCACAUACAGGAUUCCUCGUGUCACAGUCUUCUUACCAGCUGAAGACCUUGAACCUACUGACGAAUUCGCCGCCGCAAUCGCCAAGAUCAAAGACAGCCAAAACCUGUUCGAACUUCGCAAACUCCACCGCAUGUUCGGACAAAUCUUCUGCGCCGAGAUUGUUCUGGGAGGCUGUCUUCAAACUACCAAGACGCUCACUGCCGACGAGACAAAGGAGGAGACCUUGACUCGGAACAAAUUCAAGGGCAGUGUAGGAAUAGCCGUCGGCGUUCCAAAAAUUGCCAGCGGAUCAAUGAAGGCUUCUCAUGAGACACAAGACAUGAAAGAGGAAGGUUCCAGGUCCUUCCGACAGCAAGAACACAUGUCCUUCAAUGCCACCGGUGGCAACACGAUUUUAGCUGCUGACCCCCCUUCAUGGUUAGGCAGUGUUGGAUCCGACUUCAAUAAUUGGCGUGUUAUCGAGCAGCGGCAACUGAAACCUCUUGUUGACGUGGUUUCGGACAUACCGAAAUAUGAAGAAGUCAGAAUGUGGUUUCUACAGGCUGUGCCUAAACUCACCGAAUACAUUGUCAUCCCACAGAGCCGAACGCUGGACGCUCGAUUCAAGGUCCUGUUUCAACUGGAAGGCCUAUCUAGGGCGCUUGCUAGCUUGCAGGUCGGGAGAGAUCACCAGGAGAGCACGGACGAGGAUGUUGGCUUGACGAAAUCGACCAAGAACAAGGGACUCAAGAUCCAAACGUACUUGGCGCACAAUCCUGAGAAGCCGCCCACAUUUAUUCGGACAUAUGUCAAGCAAAUUCCACAUGCGCCGCUUGUAACCAAGUCGCCUCUUAGAUCUGAAAAGGGAAGAAUGGUCGUGGAUGUUACCACCAAAAUAUAUCAGACUGUCGACGCUACAACACAGGCUAUUUUUCAACCUUCAAGUACCCAAGCUCCGGUUCUUAUCGAUCCCAGAGCAUUCCCAGUUCAAUCAACUAACAAGGACAACCCCAUCAUUGAUAAGAGAACAGUAUGGCGAAUGGAAAUACCAUAUGGAUACAGCCUUACGCACGGCUCCCUUGUGUCCAUUAAAUCUCUAGCGAAAGAUGGAAAGUCUAUCUCGCUCACCGUGUAUCGCAACGCCCAGGGAGUGUUCUUACCCUCCAUCACAAGCUCAGAAGACCCUAUUUACUGGAGAGUUCUAAAAGCCAACCUCCAAGGUGGAGCAGACGCCAAGCAGCUUAAAUACGGCGACUCAGUUCGCCUGUCAUGGUCUUUUACUGAUCAGUCGAGCGGUUGGAGAGACUACUACGAUGAUUACUAUGGCAGAAGACGCUUUGAUCGUCCGUCAGAACUGAAGGAAGGGGAGGACUCCCUCUAUCUGAAAGCUCCCUUCCCACGAUUCGAGGAACUCGGAAGCCCACAGGGCAUGUCCCUGGUCAUGAGUCCCGCAAGCAACACGAACCCGAUCUUGCAAACUUUGAUGGUUCGCGACCCCAACAAACCAAGUGGGUUUGAAGAGGUCGCGUACAAUCUAUUUGAUAUUUCUUUCCGAAUGGACUUUGUUGGUCGAAAUGGCAAUGGCGAAGUGUUCGACUACAUGAAUGUGCCGGCUGACGAUGAUACCUUCAACAGCCGUGUUGACCUUGCGCAUGAGUGGACAGACCAAGAGAAGCAAUCCGUGCUUGAUGUGGGCAGCAGGGUUGUAAAUCAUGUUGGUAACACGUACGUCAAGCAAUUUGACAAUGUUGUCAAUGCCGUAUCGAGUGGUUCGCCUGGUACGAUUGCCAAGGAGCUCUUCAAGGGUGCUAUGAUGGUCAAUCCAAUUGGGGCUAUCACUAAGAUCUUUGGUCUUUGGUGA